AUGACUUCUCUACCACCCAAUGUAGACUCGUUGGUCUCUCGCAAUAAAGAGUAUUCCAAAACUUACACAUCUCCCCAUGAUGUCGCUCAUUUCUUAAGCGGCAAAGGAAAAUUCGCCAUGGUCAUAUUGAUAUCAUGUUGUGAUCCCCGCAUAAUUCCUGAAGAGUUCGGCCUCUUCAAGCGCGAAGAGUAUGUAGUCGUCCGCAAUGCCGGUGGUCGCGCUGAACCAGCAAUCCGCGACAUAUGCGUUCUCUCUACAAUGACAGAAAUAACAGACGUCGUCGUGAUCCAUCAUUCAGACUGCGGCAUGACACAUCUCACAAACGAUGCGAUCCGUAGCAGUAUGAAAUCUCGUGGUCUCGGGGAUGAGAAAUUAGAUACUUUCGAGUUUGGCGAGAUUUUGAAUUUGAAACAGAGUGUCAAGGAUGAUAUUGAGUUUUUAAAGAACUCGCCUUAUAUUUCGAAAGAAAUUAAAGUCUCCGGAUUCGUUUUUGAUUUGUUGGAUACUGGGCUUUUAAUUCCUGUUUAG